AUGUCACAGGUGAUGUCCAGCCCCCUACUGGCAGGAGGCCAUGCAGUCCGCUUGGCUUCCUGUGAGGAACCCAGGAGGGCCCUGCACCCAGCACCCAGCCCCAGUCUGCCACCCCAGUGCCCUUACUACACCACAGAAGGCUGGGGAGCUCAAGCUUUGAUGGCCUCCAUGCCCUACAAAGAGCCCCCCAACAGGCUCCAGCAGGCCCCACAAGCUGGACCCAAAGCCAGCUGCCUCCUACAGUCCCCUGGUGAGCAGGCCUCAGGGGCCCUGCAGGACCUUGACUCCUACAUUGACUUCUCACUGGAGAGCCUCAACCAGAUGAUUCUGGAACUGGACCCCACCUUCCAGCUGCUCCCCGCAGGGGCUGAGCCCACCCAGAGCACUACCUCAAGGAGGAAGAAAGAGGAGCCUGAAGCCUUGGAUAUAAAGUACAUCGAGGUGACCUCCACCAGAUCAAAGUGUCACGAUGGUCCCCAGCGCUGCUCCAGCCCGUCUGUCACCCCGCCCUUCGGUUCUCCACGCAAUGGCGGCCUCCUCCUUUCCAGGGAUGUCCCCCGAGAGACUCGAAGCAGCAGUGAGAGCCUGAUCUUCUCCGGGAACCAGGGCAGGGGACACCAGCGCCCCUCUCCCCCAUCUGGAGGUCUCUCCUCUCAUCCCCCACCCUCUCCUAGCAUCGCCAUCCCUUGCGUGGGGAACAAGGCCUUGGGCCCCCAUGGCUUGGGUUCCCCAUCGGUGGCUUCUCCAGGCUUGGAGAAGGGGCUGGGGAGCCUGGCCCCACAGCGAGGCAGCAGGGUCUCUGUGCUGUCAGCCAGCCCAGCGUCUGAUGUCAGCUAUGUGUUUGGAAGCUGCCAGUCCCUCCUCCGCUCCAGCAUCUCCAGCCAACAGUCAUAUUCUAGGUCCUUGGAAAGCCCGGCCAGCUCUUCCUCCAGCCUCCACAGCCUUGGCCCAGCGUCCCUGUGUACAAGAGCCAGUGACAUCCAGGUCCCUAACAAUCCCACCCCAAGCAUGGGCCAGCCCAGAGCAACCUACUCCCCACCACUGGCCAAGGAACAUGCCAACAGCUGCCCCCCAUCCAUCACCAACUCCAUGGUGGACAUACCCAUCGUGCUGAUCAAUGGCUGCCCAGAACCAGGGUCUCCCCCAACUCGGCGGACACCAGGACACCAGGACUUUGUCCGACCUGGGGCUGCUUCUGCCAGCAACCCCUAUCCAGCCACCAGGAGCCACAGCCAGACCCUGCCAGAUGCCUCUCCCACCACAACUCCAGAAGGUCCUGCCAGGGACAUGCAGCCCACCAUGAAGUUUGUGAUGGACACCUCUAAAUACUGGUUUAAGCCAAGCAUCACCCGAGAACAAGCAAUCGAGCUGCUGAGGAAGGAGGAGCCAGGGGCUUUUGUUGUGAGGGACAGCUCUUCGUACCGAGGAUCCUUCGGCCUUGCCUUGAAGGUGAAGGAGGUCCCCGAACCUGCCCAGAACCGAUCAGGCGAGGAGAGCAGUGACCUUAUCCGCCACUUCCUCAUCGAGUCUUCCGCCAAAGGAGUGCAUCUCAAAGGAGCGGAUGAGGAGCCCUACUUUGGGAGCCUCUCUGCCUUUGUGUGCCAGCAUUCCAUCAUGGCCCUGGCCCUGCCCUGCAAACUCUCCAUCCCGCAGAAAGAAUUGGGAGGUGGAGAUGGGACCUCAGAUCCCUCUGCAGAUGGCCGAGCCUCUUGCCUAAAGAAAUCAGCAGGCUGCCAUGCCCUGUACCUGAGUUCCGUGAGUGUGGAGACCCUGACCGGAGCCCUGGCCGUGCAGAAGGCCAUCUCGACCACCUUGGAGAGGGACGUUCUCCCCACACCCAUAGUGGUCCACUUCAAAGUCACCGAACAGGGCAUCACCCUGACUGACGUCCAGAGGAAGGUGUUUUUCCGGCGCCAUUACCCCCUCAGCACCCUCCGCUUCUGUGGCAUGGACCCAGAGCAACGGAAGUGGCAGAAGUACCGUAAGCCCUCCUGGAUCUUUGGGUUCGUGGCCAAGAGUCAGACCGAAUCACAGGAGAAUGUGUGCCACCUCUUCGCAGAAUAUGACACGGUCCAGCCAGUCUCGCAGGUCAUCAGCCUGGUGGGUGCUCUGCUGCAGGACACAGAAAGGAUGUAGUG